AUGAAGUUUGGUAUCUUCCUCGGCCCAUUCCACCGUGUUGGCGAAAACCCCACCCUGGCCAUCGAACGCGAUCUGGAGCUGGUUGAAUGGCUGGACAAGCUGGGGUUCGAUGAGGCCUGGAUUGGUGAGCACCACAGCGCCGGCUGGGAGAUUAUCUCUUCCCCGGAGGUUUUCAUCGCCGCCGCCGCACAGCGCACCAGCCGCAUCAAGCUGGGCACCGGCGUCGUCAGCCUGCCAUACCACCACCCUCUGAUGGUGGCCAACCGUAUGGUCCAACUGGACCACAUGACCUACGGGCGGGUACUCUUCGGAGUCGGACCGGGCGCCCUCCCCCGGCGACGCAUACAUGAUGGGCAUUCCUCACGAGUCACAGCGGGAGCGCAUGGACGAAUCCUGGGCAUCAUCCUGCGCCUGUUUACCGAAACCGAGCCUAUCACCUACAAGAGCGACUGGUUCGAGCUGAAGGAGGGCCUGCUCCAGCUGCGGCCCUACCAGCGCCCCUACAUGCACACUGCCGUGGCCUCGGUGCAGUCUCCGGCCGGAGUAACCCUCGCUGGCAAACACGGCUGUUCGGUCUUGACCAUCACCGUGCCCAGAGAUCCCUCCGCCGGCCCCUCCGACUUGCAGGGGCUGUGGAACAUAGCCGAAGAGUCCGCCGCCGAGCAUGGCCAGACCAUGAACCGCGAUGACUGGCGGCUGGUGCUGCCCUGCCAUCUGGCCGAGACACGGGAAGAAGCUCGCAACGAUGCCCGCAUCGGCGCCGGCCGCUACCUGCGGGAUUACAGUGAGGGAACCAACGGCCGCAAGGCGGUUUUCGAUGGCCCGCUGGAUAAGGUGAUCGACCACAUGGCCGAUAACGGAAGCUGGAUUAUUGGCACUCCAGACGACUGUAUCGAAGCCAUCGAGAAGCUGGGCGAGCAGAGCGGCGGCUUCGGCGCUUUCCUGGUCCAGACCAUAGACUGGGCGCCUCGGGAGAAGAUGCUGCACAGCUAUGAACUGAUGGCCCGCUACGUCAUGCCACACUUCCAGGGCAGUGUCCUCAGCACUACGGCUUCGAAUCAGUGGGCCAAGGAGCGGCAGGAUGACUUGGUCAGCGGCCGGGUUCGCGCAAUCGAUCGAGCCAGGCAGGCUUACGCCGAACGCCCCGCAUAA